AUGAAACCAAAAUUAGCCACUGCCAUCAAGCUUAUAUCAGUGCUUUUGUUAUACCCUCUUGAGUGUUUUCCUGCAAUAGUGCCUUUCAGAGAUUCCAUUGAAUUGGUGUUUACACCCGAAGAUAUCAAAAAAAGUACCGACUAUGCAUUGUGGAAAAUUCCUGCUGUGAAAAAGAACUUUAAGACUACGGUCAAGCAAAAACUACUUAAUAGAUUACUAAACAAAGACCUUCAAGAAAUCAAUCCGAAUCCAUAUGACGAGGAUAUUUUUGAGGAACAACAACAAAAAGUGAAAGCAAAUGAAAUUUCAAACACUUUUCAAACAGUGGAACUUGACAUCAAGAAACCUAAUGGUGUUAUGCGAUCAGUUUUGAAAGGUCCAUCAUCGACAGAGAAAAAGCAGGCAAAGUUGGUUGUCCAAAGUACUAGAAAUACACUUCUAAAAAACAAUUUCAAUGACAAUAGAACAGAAAAUGAAGUAAAGCUUGAGUUGCAAGAGCUCAGUGGUGAACACCUUGGAUAUCUGCAUCCUAGACGUGUCAAGAAUAUCAAACAUGACUUCAACAAAAUGCCCUCAGAAAUACACGAAAAUGUGCCUGAUUCAGAUUCCGACAGUGAAGAAGAUGAAAACCAAAGUGGUUUACAAAAUGAGAAGCCAGUUGAUCCAUUUUAUGACGAUUAG